UUGCACAUGUGCGUAAAGGCUACAAGCAUGUCUGCUGAGAUAGGAAGUUGGUUCUUUAACUCAUCGCGACAGAUUAUCGGUGAAGGUCUCUGACACAUCUGUGGAUUGAUGGACUUCUCGGGAAGCUGAUUCGAGUUUCUCCAGUGCAGAGGCUGCCCCUUGUAUAAAUAUGGCUGGAUUUAUUGCAAAUCAGCACAGGUUGCUGCUUGUAUUGAACAGAAGAUUUCACGCACCUUUAUCAGUCUCCCGGGUUGCCUUUUACCACGUAACAGCUUCACACCUGAGCCCAAAGGACAGCAAGGUCAGCCCUGUAGCGAGGGGGCGCUCCAGGGUCCAGUACAAGCCUGCAGAAGGGCAGGAGCAUGAGGGGUCAACUCAGAGAAAAGUGUUUAAAAGUGAGAUCUCACUGCUGCAGAAGCAGAUGAGGGGAGAUGACUUCAGAGUGUCACCUGAACUCAGGAAACUGUGCCUGGAAGAUUUCCCUGCAGAGAGGGAGAGGCAGGUGAAGCAGAAACCUGCACCUGAAGCCAAAUCUAAGGACUGCGAGGUUGUUUUUGGCGUUGCUCCCUGCUUCUUGGCUCUCACUCAGGGAAGGAGGAGGGUCCGUAAGCUGUUUGUAAAAGAUGGCGAGGCCUCUCACAGGGCGUCUGUGUUGAAGGUGUGCGAGGAGGCUCAUCUGCGAGGAGUUCAAGUCCAUCGGGUCAGCAGGAAGGAGCUGGACAAGAUGUCCAAUGGGGGAGUCCAUCAGGGAGUGUGCCUGCUUGCCAGUCCCCUGAGCUACCUCACCGAGGACUCUGCACCCAGCAGGAAAGAUGCCCCACUGUGGCUCGUUCUGGAGAGAAUCCACGACCCCAUGAACCUCGGCGCCAUCCUGCGCUCUGCUUAUUUCCUCGGGGUGGACAGAGUCGCCAGCAGUCUUCGCUACACCUGCCCGCUGUCUCCAGUGGUCAGCAAGGCGAGCUCGGGCAUUAUGGAGGUGAUGGGGGUGUAUGGAUAUGAAAACCUUGCAGAGAUGUUGAAGCUGAAGAUGGAGCAGGGCUGGCAGGUGGUUGGCACAGUGGGACAGGAAGCAGAAGUGUCUCAGAUGCCCAUCACAAAGUGUUCAGACUUUAAAAUGACCAAACCCACGUUGCUGCUGAUGGGAGGAGAGGGAGAAGGAAUCUCCAAGGAGCUGCUCUCCACAUGUCAGACACUUCUCACCAUCCCAGCGGGCAGGGAGCUGGUGCCUGGCAUCGAGUCUCUCAACGUUUCUGUAGCCACAGGCAUCCUGCUGCACUCUUUGCUGUCCUCCAGGAGCUCGACCACAUGACAGCCACCUCAAAUAGCCUCCCAAAUGAAGAUGCAAGGUCACUGACAACACAACCAACCACAGGAAUAAAUAGUUCAGUGUAAUCUUGAGUACAAAUUCAUAGAAGACCAAACCAGAGCCCUCAUACUCUUCUCUGCUGUUGUGUCUAAAAACUACUAUUCCUGAAAAGGGGACUGAGUAGCAUUUGCUGGAAACAAAAAACACAACCCACCUGUUUCAAGAAGUUACGUAGCCUUUAAAAUAAAUACACAUUAUUUAUUUAUUGUCUAUUUUCGAGAUUGAUGUUGUCAGUGGAAACCAACAGGCUCUGAGCCGAGUCUUACAGAUCUGCGUGAUUGUUUCCUGGGAUUUGUUGACUAUAUUUUCUCUGCUAUCUGUUAUUUGGCAUUGAUGUUAUUUGAUACUUGUUACUUGAUAUCAAUGUUUUAAGUUAUCUUACUGUGUAAUUUGUAUCUUUGUACAGCACUUUAGCCAACACUACUGUUGUAAUUAAAUGUGCUAUAUAAAUAAACGAAACAUAGGUAAACGUCCACAUUUUCAAACCUUAUCCAUGUGUGUUUUGAUUCAGUACCGGAGUACAGGAGUACGUCCUGGUCGCCCAGCAUCAGGACUGUGUAGUGUCUAUUAUUUUUAUGUCUUUUGCUCACAUUUUAAGGUAGGUUUCUGUAUAAUCAAACAUGGAUUUGGGUACGCCAAAGUUUCAAGGUGCAAAAUGUCCUCCACAUGUCAGUUUGAGGAACUUUUGAUUGCACAAUUGAAGCAUGAGGACCAAGCGUGACAGCUACACUUUUACUGUGUUUUGCUCCACACAAGGUUUCUUUUAUCCCCCUCACAAAUGUUGCUGUCGUCCUCACAGACCCUUGGUUGUGUGUUGAUACAGUAAAUCUAAUUAUGAUUUUCUGCAUUUGCAAAAAAUUAUUUGGUAACACAGUGUUUCUUGUUUAAGUUUUGGUCCUCCUCCAGAGGCCUGGAUGUUUGAGGAUUUGAUGGUUCGGCUGCACCUUCCUGAACAGAGACCUCUGAUGUUGUUCCCAGAGACGGCUGGAGCCAUGAUUCCAGCUCCUGUUACCAGUGGGACGCUUUGAUUUUACCUUCCAGUUGUUCCUUGAGCCACUGGGAAUUCUUGAUUAUCUCAUAUCCCUUCUAUCUAAUGCUACUGUCAGCUGCUAUUGCCAAAUCUAUCACAGCUGCUGUCUUCUGCUCUUUUGCAAUCACCGCUAUCUCUGAUUGGUUGGCCAGCAGCUGCUUGUGUAUCCCACAAGAUUCUCAUCCACCUCAGAGGUGUCUCCAAUCACAACAGAUAGGUUCCAACCCCUACCCGCUACUUCAGUCAACUGAUUUUCUCUUAAUUUUCUCUUUAUCUGCUGUCUUUUGUCUUCGCCUUACACGUUAUUUAUUGUACACAUGUUGACCCUUGACCAAAGAAAAUAAAC